UGGUUCCUUUAGUAGGUCAGGCUAGAUGGCUCCCGGAACAUUGUCAAGCUGAAACCAAACUCCUUUAGCCGAUUGAGCUGUUUUGAUUAUAAUCUCUUUUAGUUAUUGUGUUUUGAUCGUUCAAACACCACCAUAGCCUGUAGAAUGGAGAUCGGUGCUUUAUCAUGAAACUCCGCGCGCAGUAUGACAGAGGAGCAUAUAGCGAGUCCAGAAGAGCGUUUAAACUGAGGGAUUCACUUGAUCCGAUGCAAACCGAUCCGAGCCCGCAGGGAGGGAACGGGCUGUCAUUAACCCUGCAGCCGGAGCUGCUCGCCCGAAUGCCCGGCGCUGGAAGUGCCAACAGGCCGGAAACAGACGAGGACGUCCGGGUUUCUAUCGGCAGCGGACGCGGCGCAACGUCGCGGAGGCCGAGAGCAGCGAGCCACAGCCACGGACACACACACAGCCACGAGCACGAGUCAGACAGCAGCGAGUCUGACCUGGAUUCCGGAGAAUCCAGCAGCUCGUUAUCGGAGCUGCGCUACCUCCUGCGCUGGCUCAAGAAGAGUCUCCCCUUCAUAGUUAUUCUCUGUGCGAAACUAGUCAUCCAGCAUGCCCUGGGUCUGGCUGUUGCAGUUGGUUUGUUUACCACCUUUAUGUAUGUCAACAAAAGCAUUCAAACGCUAGUCUUUCUCCACGACCGAAGGACAAAGUUGCAUUGUGCCUGGCUUUUGCUGUUCCUCACAUCCUCCAGUCUCCUCGUGUUGUACACUUUUCACACCCAGUCACUUUAUCGCUGCCUCAUUUUUGCCAACGCUACAAUAGAUUCCCAGAACUUCUGGGAGGUUUUAUGGAGUGUCGGUGUGACUAACUUCAUUUUGAAGUUUUUCUUCAUGGGGCUCAAGUGUCUUAUUCUCCUCAUCCCCUCCCCACUCAUGACAUACCGGCGAAGGGGUCAGUGGUACAUGCUCAUAGAGGAGGUGGGUCAGUUGUAUCAAGUGAUCGCUCCUGUCCCGCUUUGGUUCCGCUAUCUGGUCAGCUACGAUGAGAUGGACACCUCAGUGGGUCUGACUCUGGGAAUCCUGCUAGCCUUGCUCUACCUCAUAAUGAAGCUUUUGGCCUUGUAUGGACUGUCAGGAUCAUUGCAAAAACAAUUACGGACUUUUUUCAGUCCUGAGGUGAACGGAGCUCCAGCCAGUCCUGCUCAGAUUAGAGAGGCAGGUGACAUUUGUCCGAUCUGUCAAGCUGAUUUUAAGCAGCCUCGGGUCCUCGUGUGUCAGCAUAUCUUCUGUGAGGAGUGCAUCGCCCAGUGGCUUAACCAGGAGAGAACCUGCCCUCUCUGCCGCACUGUCAUCACAGACAAGGUGCAUAAGUGGAAAGAUGGUGCAACAUCAGCUUAUUUACAAAUAUACUGAAAUCUCACAGAAAGGACGGAAACACAGUGUUGUGGCAUAUUGAAACAUUCAACCAGCAGUGGAUCCACAGAAUGUGGAUUGUUCCUCUCAGACAUCUCCUUUGAGCAAACAGCACUUGUUAUAAGGCAAAGGGCUCUAGAAAAAGCUCCAGUUUUGAAUUUUUGAAAUAUAGAUAACUUGUCAAAAGGACAAGUGUUUUCACCAGCUCUUGUAUUAUUAUUAUUAUUAACUAUUAUUAUUGUCGCAUGUUGGGACUCCUUUAUUUUUUUAGUGUUUAUAAUUUAUAUUCCUCUUUUUGUUCUUGCAUGUCAUCUCUGGUUUUACUAAUUACCUUGUGGGUGUAAGCAGACAAAUACAGUGGAGACAAAUGGAUUUCUUCAUAUUGUAUUUGUGGAGAAAACACUCACAAAUAAUGUGGCAGAAAUUCAGUUGUCUCAAAUGUAUUUCAAUUUUUGUUUUGUUUUAUUUGUCAUGGAUACUGGGACUUUUGGUAUGAUCCUUUGUCAGAUACUGUGGUUUUUGCAACUGAAUUUGUUUUAAAUGCAUUUUAGACUCCAAUCAUAAAGAGUUCUGGAUUUUGCAUUCAAUUUGAAGUAUUCUGAUUUCUUUGGUAAUAAUCUGAAUGUGAGUUAUUUGCACAUGAACUACUGAUUUAUCAAAUGAUGUAGCAUUAGAAUUUUGUAACCAUGUGAUUUUUGUGACUGAACAACACACAAUGGCUUUUGAAUUAUUAUUAUUAUUAUUAUUGUAAUUCAGGCCUUUCCACAGAUACAUGGUAUUUUUCUAAUCAUGUUGUACUUACACUGUAAUAAACCAAAGCUUUGAAGACGAAAUAUCUAUUUUAGUAUCAUCAUGCAGUAUGCGGUUACAGUUGUAUUUUUAUCCAGUAUAUUUGACCAAAUAAAUUUUUCAAUCUGUUAAAAAGUGUCACUGAAAUGCUUUGCCCAGUAAAUGCAGGUUUGCUUGGUAAAUGUUCAAAUUCACUAAGGUUAAAUUUAAAUGAAUUUUAAAAUAAACACGAGCAAUCACAAAACACCAGAUAUGAAUCAAUCUCGCCAUUCCAUACUUUACAUCUUCAUUGUUUAAACCAAACGUGCCACUGUCUAAUAAACACAGCACUUCAAGCAUUUGCAUUUAAAAUGCAAAAUGCAUCCUCAUCUGCAUCUCAAUUCUUUUCACAGGCAUUUUCUUUUUACUUUAUAAUCCAGGAAGUUUCAGAAUUGGUUCCAACUCUAACCUGAAGGAGUACCGCAGAUUUUCAAGAUCAGGUUUAGUUCAACUCUUUCUAAAGCGCAACUACACACCAGAUUACAUUUUUAUAAAGAACAUAUAUUAAUGAAGAUAAAAAAACAGACCAUUAACACAUAGCACCAACUUAUGUCUUAAUAUUCCAACAUGACUGCAAGAAUCAGUGGGAGACGGUUUGAGAGGUUUUAAACCUACGCCAUGAGUCUAGUGAUUAUAUGGACUGGGCUCAUGGACAACAUCCAAGUCAUCAGACUGACACAAGUGAUACAUAAAGCCAUUUACGCCACAUUACAGAGCCCUCUCUCUCAGCCAGCAUUGCAUAGAAUAAACGGUAGAUAUUUGUGUAUGCGAAGGCAAAAUGGGAUGCUUCCAUAGUCAAAGUACCAGUUAAGAGGCAAUUUAAUUAAGCUGCUGGUCUCGCACAGAUUUCAAAAUCAAAGGCUUUCACAUAUGAAGCUGUUACUGGCUGUUAACUGCCACAGUACAGCAGGCUGUUGUUUAUCAGUAGGCACUGUAUCUGACAGCUUAAGAUAUUCACAAUCAUGCUUCCUGUGCAUAGUGAGUACAGCCAAUUAUUGGCUUGAUGGAAACUGCUGCAAAGUCCAGACAGUUCAAUCAGAGCAAUGGCCUCCUAAUGUCCAACCACAAUUACAAUCUACAUGACGGAAAUUAGAGUUUGAGGAUGUGAGCUAAACAUCACAUUCAGUCAGUGAAUUACAAUGUCACACCAGAACAAUGUUCUCAAGCAGAAAACAAGCCUAUUUUACAUUCCCAUGGGAAAAAAGUGUGUCAUUCAGAAAUCGUUUAAAUGCGGUCAUUGACGCAAUCGCAGCCUCACACACAGAUGUUCAUUGAUAACAAUAACACUUCUAUGAGCACAGGAAUGCCUGUGAAACACGAAACAAAGAACCACCCAUGAUGGCUUACGUACAGCACAAUCUUAACAAGAUGCAGAUUCAGUGUCCACCAGUUCAAGGCGUCACUUCAUCAUACAAUACACACUGUAUCUGUAAGAACUAUAAUACAAGGAAAGAGCACCAACAUUCAUGAAGAAUCAUGUCUAUGUACAGCAAUGAAAUAAAUACUGUUUUUUGUUUUUUUUGGGAAAGAUUUACUACUUUAUUAUGCUUCCAUCAUUCUGGAUUGAUCUAGAAUAGAGAUUUUCUUUCCCCUUAACCACAUAUAUCCAAGCUUAUUUAAUCAAAAUUCAAUAAAACAAUAAUCCAGUGGUUUUCUAGUGUACAGUGCACAUCCUGAAAACAUAUUUAAAAUCACAUUUUUAAUGUCCCCGAGAAUAAUAAAAUAGUUUUGACUCCAACACCUUUGUAGAAAGAAGAAGGCAUGUGUUCAUGUUACUAAUCCGGCUAAAUCCUGAAUAGCAUUUUUGACUAUAAAGAAUAAAUAAUUUGCAUAGUUUACAAAUCUAUACGGCACCUGAAAAAUAAAUAGGUCAAAACACAUAUUCGGGGGGGG